CAGAACCGCAGAUAUUUGCCUACGUAAAACAUGCAUUGACCUUCUUUUGUUUUUGUCUUUUUCUGUUCCUUUGAAAAUUUUUCUCUCUUCUUUCCUCAUCUGUUAGAGCGCAUACAUUCAUCAACUGAAAAUGGUGACAAAGACUGCUAUGAUGAGUGAAUUCCGUGAGAAAUUAAAAGAUAAAGUAGCUAAAACUUCGCCUGGCAGCACCACUGUCCAACAAAAGGGAAAGAUACAAAGGGUUCCGGCGGUUCUGCGAGAACAGAAGGAGUUGGGGCAGUACUUUGAGCCAAGAUGGAUCUCCUUCGGCCCAAUUCACUACGGAAAACCAAAGCUCAAGGCAGCAGAGAAGCACAAGCUCGAAUUGGUUGCGAAAUUCAUCCGUGACAACGGAUACAAAUCCGACGAAGAACUGUACGGCGAGAUCAAGAUCGGCAUCGACGGGCUGAUCUGGGAAUGCUUCGAUGAGGAGGCCUUUGAUAAGGAUUUUGACAAGGAGACUCUAAACUGGAUAUUGUUUUUUGAUGGGUGCACAAUACUGCAGUUCAUACACAGCUGUUCCAAGAAAGAUGACUUCAAAGAGUUGAAGAUAAAGAACGACCAAAUAGCAUUCAUAAACCACGAUUUGUUCUUGCUUGAGAACCAAAUUCCCUACCGAGUCCUGGAGCUGCUGAUGAAUGCAAAAAAGGUAAGCAAGAAGGAAGAGUUACAGAAAUCGUUGAAAAAUUUUAUAAGAAAAAAUGUGAUGGCACCCGAAAAGUACCAGAAAGAUUUCAAAGUGGAUGCUAAUAUGGCUCAUCUUCUUGAUCUUCUCCGAGUGGCUCUCAUUCAACCUUCAGAACCUGAUCCAAAGCCUGCUCACCGUUGUGAACUACCCCUGAGGAAUCCGCAAAAAGAAGGGACGGACUCAAGAAAAAAUGUUGAUGCAGAGAAUCCUCCAGAACCAUCACAGGCAGUUCUGUCAGAUAAAAAGAAAGAAGGCACAAAAGAUUUCGAACAACAAUCUUUCCGCAGUGUCCAGGAUCUUAGAGCAGCCGGGAUAAACUUGAAACCAAGCAAGAGUUGCUCAUUGAACGACAUAAAAUUCACUUCUGUGCGCUUCGCGGGCGAGCUAGAACUCCCUCGACUGAUCGUCGACGACUCGAUGGCGCCCAAAUUCAUGAAUCUUAUAGCAUACGAGAUGUGUCCCGACAACAUGGAGACAAAGUACGAGGUCACCUCUUACAUCUGCUUCCUUGACUCUCUCAUAGAUUACCCGGCUGACGUUAAAGAGUUGAGGACGGCUGAAAUACUGAACAACCUUCUCGGAUGCGACAAAGAUGUGGCUAGGCUUUUCAACAGGAUUGCGACCGAUCUAGUGCCGAACCUGAAGGUGUAUGAGAAGGUCAUUGAAAAAAUAGAGAAACAUUAUAAGAACAGGUGGAUGACUUGGAUGGCUCAAGUCUACAGCGACCAUUUUAGUACUCCAUGGACUAUAGUGACUUUUUUCGCGGCAGUUCUCGCGCUUUUCAUGUCCGGUGUCCAGACUUGGUUCACGGUCUAUUCUCCGCCGGAUGCCUGAGAUGACUUCUGCUGGAACCUUAAAUCGUAAGAUCGCCAAAUCAAUAAAGUAGUACUCUGAAUGUAGUGUGAUUGUUUUGUAUUAAGUUUGGUGUUUGUGUUUUAUCAAUAAGUGAAGUUUGAACAAGUACGGUUCUUCUUUUCACUAGCGUAUUGCAUUGUA